AUGUCCCCCCUGAGCGACGAUGGCCGAAGCCUUUCAGAGUUAAGCGCUGGCGGCGCUUCACAGUUUACUUUCAGGUGGAAAAGUGAAGAUGCUUCGUUGUAUGACGAUGCUUCAGCCGCUUUCAACGAAAGGAAGCGAGGUCAACUGCUUCCACCACAGAUUGCGCACCGGGAACACAGAAAUGUGAUUAUCUCGAGGAUAUUGGUUGCUCUCGUACUUAUUAGUUCGAUCAUUGGGGCAGCAUUAGGAACAUUUCGAUUUGUCAAGAAAGAGGAAGAUGAUGAUUUUAGUGAUGAGUUUUCUGUGUAUUCCGAGGAAGUCUUGCUAGUCAUUGCCCAAAAGAUCGAACGAUUAUUUCUUGCAUUGGAUUCCUUUGCAGUCGGCAUUGCUUUAGAAGCAGCCGCAACAAAUAGUACCUGGCCAUUUGUCACUGUCAAUGAUUGGCCGCUACGAGCCCAGAAAAUCAUGAAGCUCGUUGGUGACGACAAUGCCCAAUCAUUUUUAGCUCCACGCGUUGAAGAGUUUGAUGCACCGGAUUGGGAACUGUAUUCAAUAGAAAAGUCGCCAAUGUGGUAUCAGCAGUCGGUGGACAGAGAAGCACUGUCAUUUUCAGUUCAGGAAUUGACGGAGAGAACCGUGAACCAAAUACACUCCUACGAAGACGACUCUACUCUCAACACCAAUACAAGUGGGGCUACCUUGCCUGUUUGGCAGUACUACCCGCUUUCUCCAGAUGUUGCCCAGCCAGUUCUGUCGUUGAAUACCGACAAUGAUGCACUGUACACAAACAACGACUUGACAACCGACCCACAUAUUCGCGAUCUCUUCGAAUUAACCAGGGCAACAUCCAAGCCAAGCAUUGGUGCAUUCAUGGUCUCCAGAGACUCUGAAAUCGCAAAAAGCUUGAUAGUACAGCCCAUCGUAGAUCCUUCCAAUGAGAAAGAACUCCUUGGAGUGGUUGGCCUUUCAAUGGAUUGGGGCAACUACAUCAAAGAUAUUUUACCGGAGGGAGUAAACGACCUCAUACUGAUCCUGCGCAUAAAUUGUAUCAAUGAUGGUGUCAGCACUGAGGCUGGAGUACUGACAUAUAAUCUGAAUGGACCAAAGGCCCAAUUUCUUGGUCCAUACGACGGGCAUGAUGACGAAUUUGACUACAUUGAAGCGAGGAGCAUUCUAUUUGAUCUUGAUAUUGCUUCAUCGGCAGUGCCAGAAGCCCAAUGCAUUCCAGAGAUUACGUUGCACUUCUUUCCAACACAAAUGUAUGAAAAUCGAUUUCACCGUGGCAAAUCUUCUGCUUACACAGGCGUGGUGGUUUCCGUCUUCAUUUUCACAACUUUGGUCUUCCUGGUUUACGAUUUCUUUGUUGGAAGACGACAAAAGAAAGUAAUGAAUCGAAUCAUGGCACAAGACAAGAUUGUUGCUGAUGUGUUUCCAACAGCCGUCCGCGAUCGUUUGUAUAACGACAACGAUGACCUCGAAGAGCCAGACGCAACACAAGACCUUCCCAGGUCGUCUUCACUUACAGCUCUUGACGAUGAACUUGACGUUUUCGGUGCUCCUCCUUUGGCAGAUUUGUUCCCAAACACGACCGUUAUCUUUGCUGACAUUGUAGGUUUUACCGCUUGGUCAUCAGCUCGUGAGCCGCAACAAGUGUUCAGAUUACUCGAAUCUCUGUACAUGGCCUUUGACAAGAUUGCAUACCGUCAUGGAGUGUUCAAGAUUGAAACCGUUGGGGACUGCUAUGUGGCCGUGGCCGGAUUACCAGAACCGAAUGAGAGACAUGCUGUCUGCGUUGCUCGCUUCGCCCGUGACAUAGUUUGGAAAAUGAAAGAGAUAACCCAACGAUUGGAAGUGUUAUUAGGACCAGAAACAUCAGAGCUGGACCUUCGAGUUGGAAUUCACAGCGGCCAAGUUACAGCAGGAGUACUUCGGGGAGACAGAAGCCGUUUUCAGCUCUUUGGUGACACAAUGAAUACUGCUGCAAGAAUGGAACAUACAGGAGAGGCGAAUUGCAUUCAAAUAUCCCAGGCCACUGCAGAUCUACUAAAAGAGCAUGGUUACAGUGCCUUGAUCGAGCAGCGUGGAACUACGAUCUUUGCCAAAGGCAAGGGCGAGAUGCAAACGUACUGGUUAAGUAUCCGGAAAGGAAAGUCUCGAAAAGGGAAUGAUCGACUUCUCGCUUCUGUCUCGGAACUUGAUGAACAGUCUGUUACUUCUGGUGCAAGUGAUACUCCAUCAGAGGAUGGCUCGAUUGCGGAAUACAUUCCACGCGGAAUGUCGAAAAUAGAGCGUCUCGUUGAAUGGCAUGUCGAAGUUUUAGCUUCUCUGUUGCAACAAAUCAUUGCAUCCAGAUUUGACGUGAUUGAACCAUCGGAGUCUUUACGGAACGCUGAAGCAUCAAUCUCCGCAGGUCAUGAUGUUCUAGACGAGGUUGCCACAAUCAUCAACUUCAAAAGGUUCGAUGCAAAGCACUUGAGGCAGCGGCCAAGCCCAGCAGAUAUCGACGUUGGAGAAAAAGCAAAGAAUGAACUUCGAAACUAUGUCGCCCAUAUUGCCGAGAUGUACAACGAUAAUCCAUUCCACAAUUUUGAGCAUGCAAGUCACGUAACUGCGUCUGUAACUAAGCUGCUGCGACGAAUUGUAAAUGUUGACGAAGGGAAGGUAUUUGGAGGCGUUAAGGAUACAUCUGCCGAGCAAAUUGAUCUCGUUGACUUGGCCGGACACUCUUAUGGCAUCACAUCUGAUCCAUUGACACAAUUUGCUGUUGUAUUUUCUGCAAUCAUCCACGACGUCGAUCACCCUGGUGUGCCAAACUCGCAGCUCUUGGUGGAAAAUACAAGGAACGCGAAGGUCUAUAAGAAGUCUAUCGCCGAGCAGAAUAGUGUGGAUCUAGCAUGGAGUAUGUUGAUGCAGGAUGAAUUCAAGAAUCUGCGAUCUUGCAUCUAUCAGAAUGAAGAGGGUCUCAAGCGAUUCCGUCAAUUAGUAGUCAACUCUGUUAUGGCAACAGAUAUUGUAGACAAAGAGCUCCAGGCGCUUCGCAGGGGUCGAUGGGAUACUGCCUUUUCCAAUGAUCCAAUACCAGAGGAUGAAAUCAAGGACGAUCGAAAGGCGACAAUUGUGAUUGAGCAUUUGAUCCAAGCAUCGGACGUAGCACAUACGAUGCAGCAUUGGCACAUCUACAAGGCAUGGAACGAAAAGUUCUUCAUGGAGUGUUAUGGGGCUUAUAAGAUGAAUCGUGCGACUGUGGAUCCAAGUGUGAAUUGGUACCGCGGGGAAAUCGGAUUCUUUGACUUUUAUGUUAUUCCUUUGGCAAUGAAGUUGCAAGAGUGCGGUGUCUUUGGUGUUGCUUCCCAUGAGUACUUAAACUACGCCAUGUCAAAUCGAGAGGAAUGGGUCCGUGAAGGGGAAGCAAUUGUAAAGUCCUUCAUUGUGAAAUACGAUAGAAUGUAUGGUGAAAGUGCUAGUGCUUAG